UUAUGAUCAUUUCCUAUUUCCUUAGCUUUGAAGCCAAUGCCAACUUGUAGAAUUGCUCAGAUCGAUACAAAGAACAAGAUAGAGAGAGAGAGAUUCGUUUUCUAGUCCUAGAAUACUAAUUCAUGUGCAUGUGACGUGUUUGGAAUUGAAUGGACAACAUCGAUCUCAAGAAGCUAAGUUUUUGUCAAUAUUUCUAAUCGUAAGUAAGUAGUAGUACCAUAUAUCGAAAUUACAAAGGUAUGUCAAAAAUAUCGCACUCACCUCCUCGGGGUCGUUGGCGUUGCGGUCUCACCGCCUUAAUCAUUCCCAUUAUUUUUGUCUACUUUCUUCUUGCUUCUUGGUCGGCGUCCGGCAGAGAUACCAACAAAUUCUGGCCUGGGGAAGAGUUGGAAAAACUGAAGAUGAUCAGAACCCAUCUUAGGAAGAUCAACAAACCCCCUAUUAAAACAAUAAAGAGCCCAGAUGGUGACCUGAUCGAUUGUGUUAUAACUCAUCAACAGCCGGCUUUUGACCAUCCUCAACUAAAAGGCCAAAGACCACUACUGGAAGCUCCUCCUUCUCCGGUGAGACCAAGUGGGCGGCGAUACGAAAAGAGAGGCGGUGUCGGCGUGUCGCAUGAAGAUUUUCAACUAUGGAAAAGAUCCGGGGAGUCAUGUCCCAAAGGAACAGUUCCGAUCAGGAGGACGACCGAGAAAGAUAUAUUGCGUGCCAGUUCUACCCGCAGUUUCGGAAGGAAAAUGACCUCAAAACACAUUGUACGUAGAUCAGAAUCCUCAACCACAGGCCACCAGCAUGCGGUCGGUUAUGUAACGGGAAGAGAGCAAUACUUUUAUGGCGCCAAAGCCAGCAUAAAUGUGUGGGCACCGCGUGUGGCUAACCCAGACGAAUUCAGCUUGUCCCAAAUUUGGGUCAUCUCCGGUUCAUUUGGAGACGACCUAAACACCAUUGAAGCGGGUUGGCAGGUUAGUCCGGAGCUCUAUGGUGAUAAUUCCCCUAGGUUCUUUACUUACUGGACGUCCGAUGCAUACCAAGCAACCGGAUGUUACAAUUUGUUAUGCUCCGGUUUCAUUCAAACCAACAAUGACAUUGCAAUCGGGGCUGCUAUUUCCCCAACGUCAUCCUAUGAGGGCGGGCAAUUCGAUAUCAGUCUCCUUGUUUGGAUGGAUCCCAAGCAUGGCAAUUGGUGGCUGGAAUUUGGGGACGGGGCCUUGGUGGGGUAUUGGCCGUCGUUCUUGUUCACACAUUUGCAGAGCAAUGCGAGCAUGGUCCAGUUCGGCGGGGAGAUUGUGAAUAGCAGUCCUGAUACUCACACCGCCACCCAAAUGGGAAGUGGCCAUUUUGCUGAUGAGGGUUUUGCCAAAGCUUCUUACUUUAGGAACUUGGAAAUUGUUGAUUUUGAUAAUAGCUUGGUCCCCCCUUCCAAUCUUCAAGUCCUGGCAGAUUACCCUGAUUGUUAUGAUAUUCAAAGUGGAUACAAUAGUGUUUGGGGAAAUUAUUUUUACUAUGGAGGCCCAGGAAGAAAUGAAAAAUGUCCUUAAAUAACUAAUCAAGGUAUCAUCAAAAAUGUCCUUAAUUAAUAGAGAAAGAGAAAGAGAAAGAGAAAGUGGGACUCUAAGAUUUCCAUUUCUAAGAAAUAGAUAAUGUUCUUUGGUUAUACAUGAGUAGACAUGUUUUGUAUUUGCUAGAAAUACUUGUAUAAAUAUGUCAAAGAAAUUAGUAAAUAUUUUUUGUUUUUGUGUGUAUCUUCAGAAAAAUAUAUUUAUAUAGAAUAAAUACCA